CAGCACAGGAAGUGUCAUUUCUUGAGCAAACAGCAGUCAGUGUCUUUCGACAACAAUGGAGCAAGAGCUGCAGAUCGGAAAUGAAAGCCGUCUGAAUUAUGGAAGUGAAUGUCUCCUUUCUCCCUCUGUUGCACAAGAUGCCCCUGCUCCUUAUUCCUCACCCCAUGAACGACCCUCUGCGCCCCCCUUGGAGCUGAUGGACGGUGCCACUGAAGAUGAAGGGGAAGAUUCAGGAGACUGUGGAAACAAAGGUUUACCUCCCCCAGCUGAUCAGGUGCCCGAAGGAGAGCACAAUGAUUCCAUUCCACCUCAGACAGAGUGGAGCAUUCUGUCUAUUUCUGAGCAUGUAGCCAGAGAAGCCUUAGUACAGUACACAGCCAAUAAGUGCUGCUAUCGGAUUGCCCCUGCAAAACGUAUGGUGGUCCAGAACCUGACUCCGCUCAACACAUUCAGAUAUCGUCUGCAAACCUUCACUGAAACCAGAGAAACAUUCCCGAUCAGCGAGCCUUAUAAUGGUGGAUUUGUGGACUCUUCUGAUGUUGCACCAGCACCUGCCCCAUGGGCAAUAGUAGUGGAUGCACCUCCUCUGUUUACGGAUUGUGAAAUGCACAUUCCAGUGCCGCACACAUAUUCAGUACAGGAUUGUCCUAAUUGCCAAGGACGUGGUAAGAAUCAGUGCCACUUGUGUAGUGGAUCUGGAAAGAGAAGAUGUACGGCUUGUAAUGGGACUGGCUGGCAAGACACAUCCAAUCAGAGUUGUUUAUUUUGCUCAGGUUCAGGAAAGAGACGUUGCUCAGACUGUCAUGGUGGCGGUUGGCAGAAAUGCAUCCGUUGCUCUGGAAAAGGCCUCUUGCUAUGUCAUUCUGAACUUACAAUCACUUGGAAGAACAGCGUGGCUGAAUAUGUUGUUGACAAGAAUUUGGGGUUUCCUAUUUAUCACCUGCAGGAAGUCACUGGGAAGGAAAUAUUUAGUGAUGAAAAUCAAGUGGUGUAUCCUAUAGUGAAUUUCCCCGAACCAACCAUUGAUAGGGGUUCAGAAUCAUGCAUUGCACAACACCAAAUGCAGUUUGCCUCCAAUAGUCAUAUAUUGAGACAGAAACAAACCAUUGAGCUGAUUCCACUCACCAAGGUGGAAUAUGAAUGGAGAGGAAAAGUCUAUUCCUUCUAUGUCUUUGGAAAUGAGAAUAAAGUGUAUACAGAGGACUACCCAGCAAAGUGCUGCUGUUCAGUCAUGUGAUUCACAGAUAGGUCAUAAGGUCUGCUAAGAAACACACCAUCAGGCAGCACAGCACAGCUGGAAUUAUUUAUUCUCUUUAAUAAACUGAGCAACUCCUUCCUUUCCAACUUUCACUGGACAGCAGAUCUAAAGAUCUUCACUCCCAGCAUGAUCACAGAGGGUGAUGGGUGUCUCUUUAUCGGUGCAGUAACGAUUUAUGCAGGUCACACCGUGCUUAAAUUAAACAGCAGAACACCUCUCUCGUGCACCUCUCGCUCUAUGUUUAUGGAGACGAAUAAAUCGUGAUAAUGAAAACUGAACAUUGCUAGCGUAUUGUAUGACAGAUUUGAAUUCAGAGCUUUUGGUUUUGUUCUCCGUAGCUUUGCAUUGAGAUAUUUAGCUUGCUAAAUGUAUCCUUUAAAUUCCGAUGUGUGAAAUGCAUGUUCUAAAUGAUGGAAAUGUAAGCAGCGUCAGGUAGCUUUCUUACAGAGUUUGAAAUGAAGGAAUGUGAUCUGUCACUUUGCAAAUACACUCUCACUCUGCAAUAGCUCUCAGGGUCAGGAUCCACAGGUAUGUGUUCCUUAUCCAUUGAUAAGGACCUUCACAAGAAAGUGGGGGAAGAGAUUGGUUCAGAGAGGGAUAGGUAGUUAUGUUAGCACAUGUCCAUGUGUAACAUACACCAGGGGAAGGUGGGUCUUUGUCUCCCUCAUUGUGACUGAGCCGCACAACAGCCACGAGUCUGCUUUGAACUGCAGGAGCUACUCCUCUAGCUCUACCGAUAGCAUCUCAUGCUUUCAGCUCCGUAGGACUUGGGCUCAAACCACACUGUCAGCACAAGCAGGGUCAAUUACAGAAGAUCGCAGGAGGCUCCUCACUAAGGUGGUCUGUUAAAAAAUUAGGAUUUAGGACAGACCCUUACACUGGGAGACCCAGAAGGUUUCUGUUGUCCAUCUAUUUAAAGUGGGAGCUCCUCGCAGCAGGGAACAUGAACUCCUCUGUGUUGUGGACAGCACCAAGCACGCGACAGACACUUAAUUAAUAAAAUAAACACUGGAGCUGAGCUUUCUCGCUUGAGGCUGAUGAACCUCCCCCCACCCCACCUGGGCUGUUCUAAAUGAGUGGUGGAAUAGCAACACUCUCUUCAAGCACUUCACAGACUGGUUAUAAUCAGACCUUUCUCCCUUGCCUUCAUAUUUUAUAUUAGAUGUUACCUCCAAGCAGCCAAUGAGACUGUUGGCUACCUCUCGCUGAGGUGCAAAUCAUAUAGUUACUGUUGUCAUUGCCUGCACUGUUGUCAUUGAACAAGGAGUAUAGCAAAAGUAACUCCAGUCCUGGUAAGUGACAUCAGACUCAGGCCCUAGAGCAGCACAACAAAUGAUUUGUCUUUGAAACCAACUCGUGUGUAGUUAAACGUCAUCCUUUUCAGACCCAAGAUCUUUGUCAUAGACUAUGUCCGGAGUAGAGAGAGAAAGAGGGGCGGGGAGUAGGAAAAGUAAAUGCCAACACUAAAGGCCACCAGAUUAGUAACCAUGAUAGCACUCCAAAGCCACCACUCUGUAUG